AUGGCUGCGAAUAAGCAAGGAAAGAUUCAAAAUCUCCUCAACUAUCGUAUGCGUGCCACACUUGCCGAUGGUAGACAGAUGGCUGGGCAAAUGCUGGCUUUUGAUAAGCAUAUGAACCUCGUUCUCGCAGACACAGAGGAGUUCCGACGCAUAAAGCGCAAAGGCAACAAAGGUCCACCGGGGACUAUCCAGCCGCUCACAGAUCAAGAAGAGAAAAGGUCGCUUGGACUGUUGAUCAUCCGCGGCGCCACCAUCGUGUCGCUAUCAGUUGAUGGACCACCGCCCGCAGACCCUUCUGCACGUCUCGGUGCGUCUUCAUCGGCAGGCACGGGUGCACCAGCCACCAUGACCGCUGGACCAGGAAUCAGCAGACCAGCCGGUAGAGGGAUGCCAACAGGACUCACAGGUCCAGCUGCUGGUGUUGGUGGACCGGGACCCGCUGGCUUUGGAGGACCUGGUGGAUUUCAGCCUCCAGGUGGCUUCGGAGGACCCCCAGGCGGAUUCCCAGGUCGAGGUGGUCCGCCUGCUGGAUUCGGUGGCCCAGGUUUUCCCGGUGCGCCAGGUGGUGGCCCUCCUGGCUUUCAAGGCGGUCCUCCUCAAGGCCCCCCUGGAUUUCAAGGUGGCCCACCCCAGGGCGGUCCACCUGGUGGACGCGGUGGUUUCCCACCUGGUUUCGCUGGCCAAAGAUAA